GUGAAUCUCGCUUAGGGGGGUUGGUGAAGGUCCGAUCGGCCACAACCCUUGGAACACGAAGACCACCAAAGCGGCACCACAAAGAGUUACAAUAAGCAGCUCUCCCUGAUGUGUCACAGGCAUUUCGCCGUUGAGGGGGUGAGCUAGAUCUCAUCGUUUCACUCUCCGUUUCACCGAGCUCGGCGAGAACUCGAACAGCACUGUGGAGAGCGUGUCGUCCUGGCAGAUCAAGCGAUGCGCGAAGUUCGCGCUUGGUUCGCGCCUGGCUUGUGCGAACAGCCUGGCCGGGGUCGUUGGGCUUUCAUGGGAUAUCAUGAUGAGCCAUAUAUGAAACCAUGAUGUUGUUUAUUGAUCAAGAGUCUACAUUAUGGCAUUUGGCGCCACCAAUCACCUGAAGAGCACCAGGAAAGAACCUGGGACCCGGUGGAGAAACCUCGUGAUAUUCUACACCUAUACACCUGCCUCAGUGGCAGAAGUUAACCGCUAGCCUGUCUUUGAAUUCAGCCGUUGGAUCCUCCGGAUCUCAGAAUUCGGGCGCCCGUCCCAUCAUGUCACAUCAUCCUAUAUACACAGAUCCGAUCACGUGGUGGCCUUGGGUCAUUCCUGACUCCCAGUUGAGAUUCUUUCUUGUUUGACCCAUGUUCACCCACAUAUGCCACUACUUGGCGUCAUACUGCUGAGAGUAUCUGAGUAGCUCAUGGAUGUUCAUGUGAGUGCAUCAGACAAGUGCAGUCAUCGACAAGAGUGUGAGGAUGCAUGCUGUCAGGAUGCUGCGGAUGACUGUACACAGAUGACUGUACACGUCUUUCCGGCACAUGGUUACGUGAAUGGCAUGGGUCUCUUGGAAGACGACUUUCCAAACACACUGGUGUCCUCUAGGGCCAUGGUGGCCUACAGCUUUCCACUACAAACAGGGAGUUGUCCACUUCCAUGUGAUGUGCUUGUCAGAGUGUGUACUGAGGGUGAACACCACCAGAGUCCCUUCAGCUCGAAGCUGAGGAUGCCCCGCAGCUCACGGAGGCAGAGCUUGUGGAGGUCAAGGACGGGCUCGCGAGGCUGUUGCACCGCUUGAGCUGGGAGAAGCAGCGAUGGUCCCUGGAGGAUCGAAAGCUCAUCACCGAGGUGGCGGUGCUGCUACGCUCGGAAUAUCCGGAGCUACUGAAGAGCCGAUGGGUGCCGCGCACGGUCGCCUCCGCCUUGGCCACGCUUCGGUGAGGGUCCGAAAAGGUCGAGCCGUUCUGAACAGCGAUUGGUG